GCCUUUUCUUUAUCGCAAGCUUUGGGUAACAGGCCUCGCCUCCUUUUUUACACUCUUGUUCGCUUUACAAUGCCUGUUGGAGACAGAACUUCGCUUGAAUCCUUGUCAAAGGUCGGUCUCGGGUGCGGCGUGUUCAGCGGCGCAUACGGCCCAGCCUCACAGGAGAAUGCGAUCGAGGCUGUGCGCACGGCCUUCAGCAGCGGCAUCAACCUGGUAGACACUUCGCCUUAUUACAACGACAGCGAGAUAAAGCUGGGAAAGGCGCUGUUGGCACUGCGUCCCGAGUUCCCGCGCUCGUCGUACCACAUCUGCACCAAGCUCGGGCGCUACGGCUACCACACCGCAGAUUUUGAUUACUCGCGCGAGCGUGUCCAAGCCAGUGUCAGCGAGAGCAUGCGCCGUAUGCACACCGACUACCUGGACAUUGUUCUGUGCCAUGACGUCGAGUUUGUCAGUAUCUCCGAGGUUGUUGACCAGGCGCUGCCCGAGUUGUUUGUGCUCAAGGCUAAGGGCAUUGUGCGCAAUGUCGGGAUCAGCGGUUACCCGCUGCCAGUGCUGCUGGAGAUUGCCCAGAUCCAGCAGCAGCGUGGGAAUCCGCUCGACGUUGUCCUGUCGUACUGCAACUACAACCUGCAUUGCCAGACGCUGAAGGAGUACGUGCCCAGGCUGCGCGACGCAGGCGUAACGACCAUCAUUGCGGCCAGCCCGCUGUCCAUGGGAUUGCUAACCUCUGGCCCAACGCCCGAAUGGCACCCAGCCAAGGAUGAGGUCAAGAGCGCAGUUGCAGAGUGCGUCGCUUUGGUUGACAAGACAUUGGUGAACAAGCAUGGCGUGACGCUGGCGGAGAUGGCAGAGAAGUUUGCGUUCGGGUUUGAUGGAGUCGAUGUGCAUCUGGUUGGUGCAAGGACCAAGGAGGAAGUGAUGCGUGCACUGAGUGCCUAUGAGAGCACGCAGGAGUCGAAGAUGUCGAAUGGCGGCAAGUACAGGGACGAGGAAGUGCAGGCUGUUUAUGAGCAAGUGAAAGAGAUUCUGGAACCCUUUUCCAACUACACCUGGCCGUCGCCACCUGCAGACGCCUGACUGUUGGGCAUUUAGCCAAGGGCACACACUAGAAGGUAUAUCAAUACAUGACAAGCGUUU